AUGCCGGCUGUGGUUAUAUCUGAAUCCGGUGGUACCGCCAAUGGCGACUUCCCUGCAAAACUCACAAAGCAGGUCGUCGUUUGCAGUAUAAUUGCUGCCUUUGGCGGUCUCAUGUUCGGUUACGAUAUCGGCAUUUCGGGGGGAGUGACAUCCAUGGACGAUUUUUUGAUAAAAUUUUUCCCCGUCGUCUAUGCCAAGAAGCAUCAUGCGAAGGAAAACAAUUACUGCAAAUACGACAACCAGCUUUUGCAGCUCUUCACGUCUUCGCUUUACCUCGCAGCCAUCGCCGCGUCGUUCGUGGCUUCGAUCUUUUGCAAGAAAUUUGGAAGGAAACUCACGAUUCAAUUUGCGUCUGUUUUCUUCGUGAUAGGGGCAAUUCUAAGCACCGGUGCAGUAAAUCUACUGAUGUUGAUCGCUGGAAGGAUCUGCCUUGGUGCUGGUGUUGGGUUUGGAAACCAGGCUAUACCAUUAUUUAUCUCAGAAAUCGCUCCAACAAGGUAUCGAGGAUCUCUAAACAUUUGCUUUCAGUUGCUGAUCACUGUCGGCAUUUUGUGUGCAAACUUUGUCAACUAUGGCACUUCUCGUCUCCACCCAUAUGGCUGGAGGGUCUCAUUGGGAGGAGCAGCCGUACCAGCUCUAAUCCUUUUGAUUGGAUCCACUGUAAUUACGGAGACCCCAACUAGUCUUGUGGAGCGUGGAAAGAAGGAUAAAGGCUUAAGUGUUCUAAGGAAGAUCAGGGGCGUAGAAGAUGUGGAAAAGGAAUUCCAAUCAAUUGUGCAGGCCACGGAAACAGCUAACCAAACCAAACACUCGUACAAAAGUCUCUUCAAGAGAUCAAGAAGGCCUCAGCUUGUGGUCAGCAUUGUGCUUCAGGUGUUCCAGCAAUUCACAGGGAUUAAUGUGAUCAUGUUUUAUGCUCCGGUGUUGUUCCAGACCAUGGGGUUCGCUAGUGACGCGUCGCUCCUGUCCGCUGCGGUCACUGGUUCGAUUAAUGUUGUAUCAACUUUGGUCGCUAAUUUUAUGGUUGAUAGAGUUGGGAGGAAGGUAUUGCUUAUUGAAGCUGCAUUUCAGAUGCUCAUUGCACAGUCCGUUAUUGGAGGAAUUAUCUCAACCCAAUUGAAAACCACAAACACAAUGUCACCUACGUACGCCACGAUUGUGGUAGUCUUGAUAUGCUUUUUUGUGUCUGGAUUCGCAUGGUCAUGGGGUCCUUUGGGAUGGUUGAUCCCGAGCGAGAUCUUCCCGUUGGAGGUUCGGAACGCCGGUUUCUUCUUCGCAGUCGGCACCAACAUGUUGUUCACCUUCCUCAUCGCCCAAGCAUUCCUUACCAUGCUUUGCCACAUGCGCGCAGGAAUCUUCUUCUUCUUCGCCGCGUGGGUUCUCGUCAUGCUAUUCUUUGCCAUUUUCUUGUUGCCAGAGACCAAGGGGAUUCCCAUUGAUGAAAUGACGGAGAGAGUGUGGAAAAAGCAUUGGUUCUGGAAGAGGUAUUUUGAUGAGGAGGAGGACAAUGGGAAGGGAGACGCUAAGCAAGCCCAAACUACGGCACAAGAGAACUGA